AUGGACAUGCAAGUAGUCAUCAUUGAUUGUGGUAGUGGUCUUUGUAAAGCCGGUGUGGCAAGUAAUGAUUAUCCUACAUUAACGAAUGAUACAGUAGUUGGGUACGAAAAUAAAAGUCACAUUACUGGUGUAUCCGACAAACGUUAUUAUGGUCAAGAAGCAUUGGAACAGAAAAGAUUUUAUUUAGCAAAAGGUGCGGUUUUGACAUUACUUGGUACUGAACGUACCACCGGUAUCGUAUUGCACAGUGGUCAUGGUGUUAAAUAUUCUGUAACAGUAAAUGAAGGUAAUGUUGCACCAAAUACUUUACGACAAAUGGAUAGUGCUGGUGGUGAUGUAAACGAGUAUUUGAUACAGUUAUUAAAUAAAAAUACAAACAAUUCAGUUAAUAAAAAAGAUCGUAAUGCUGUUAAAUAUAUAAAAGAACAUGUUUGUGAAUUUAAUAGUGAUCAAAUAGCAUAG